AUGAAUCAAAGACGUGAAGUAAACAGCGGAAACACUCCAAGUUCUCCGACCUCCAACAAGUUCUGGGCGAUUGCCUUCAAUGGGUGUCGUGGAGGCUUCGUGGAGAUCUCUGACGGCUGGAGUGUGGCUGACAGUGGCGCUGACAGUGGCGUUGACAGGUCCCUCAACUCCCUCAGGAUCUGUGGUGAGGAUGAAAGGCUCCAUCCUCCAGUCGUCCUCUAUAGCGACUCCGGCAUUGCCACUAUCUCCUUCCAUGUGAACGAGAAGUGGGGCAGCCCGAGGUUUAUCGCCUACUACAACUUCCCCCUCAAAACCAACCCGACGUCUGGCGACCUGCAGAGGGGCGGCUCCAGAGUGGAAUAUACAGCGUGUGACUGGGUGUAUCAGGACGUACACUGCAGCAGAAGGAGUGAGUGUCAGGUGACCUCCCCUGGCUACCCCGGCAUGUACCCCGCCCACGCCCGCUGUCGCUACCUGUUGGUCAUGUCCAGUCCCGAUACUUCAGGCAACAUUACCUUCCUCACCAUGGACCUACACCCACAACGGUGUUCCACGGACUUCGUGGCCAUGUACGCGGGCACCUCCACCUCCUCCCCUCUCAUCGACUCCCUCUGUGCCGCCGACAAGAGAACAGUUCACUUCUCUGGCCCCAGCGUUCUCCUAGACUUCAGCUCGGGGCCACACCUCCCGCCCUACAAGUACAGCGGCUUUCAUGCCACCAUUGACUUCUCCGGUGUCGUGGGUCUGCCGCAGCCGCCCUCCCUCACCACCACACACCCUAACCCACACACUCUCAGUGACCCGACAGGACACACGGGCGGGGAGCAGUGUGACCAGGUCUUCUGGAGUAACCAGACCAGAGAAGGCAUCUUCGACACCUCAGCCAUCUGCCCGGGCGGCCAGCACUGCUGCCUGCGCUUCCUCGGUCAACAGCACGACGUCAUCCAAGUGUCUCUCUUUAAGUACAAAUUAGGCGGCAGAUCAUGUUCGUCUGAGGCUUCCAUAUAUGACGGACUGAGGGGUGACGGGGGCGACAACCUGUUGAGGAAAUUGUGUGGACCGCUGAGCAGGGAACCUCGGGACUCUUCAGGCAGAUUCGUGCAACAGGAGUUCUUUCUCUCGUCAGGCAACACCAUGGAGAUGACCCUUUACCUCGGCCACGGUACAGACUACCUUAACCAGUUCCUUGUGGGCGGCUACAACUUCCAUAACUCGCGGCUGGAAGGGACAAAGAAGCCGACGAGUGUGUGUGAUGUGAUGUUCUACGGCGCCACCAACCCCGUCCAGGGCCUUGUGCGGGGUCCCUCAACCACUCUCCUCUGGAACGUGGAGGGCCCACUCAACUGUAGUUACCUGUUCGUGCCCACCGCCACUCAAUCCAUCUCCCUCACAGUGGAGGAGGCGAACAUGAGGGCCACGGAGACACUCUGUAACACACAGUGCGGGGAGGAAGGGUGCCACUGUCACCCGUCCAUGGUGCCUCUGCAACACGUCGACCACAUUCUCUUCGUCCACACUAAAACUCGCAGCGUCCUCUCCUGUCUUUGUGGGCAGAUAAAGGAGGUGCAGGCGCUGACGGUGGAGACUGGUGGAGGUGUGGACGUGAUAUACCAUGUAGCUCACUUCACAUGGGCCACACCGGGCUUCAACUUCACGCUCGAGUACUCCUUCUUCCCUGCCUCCAUCUGCGGCCCCGUCUACCACACCGCCCUGGCAGGUGAAGUGGGUCCCCGCGGGUACACGGCGCCUACCACCACCUACCUGUAUGUGACGUGUAACUGGGUAAUUAACAGUCAGCCGAACUCCGCCCUCGCCAUCACAGUCACUCCUCCCAAGCACGGGUCGUGCAACUCGUGGAACGUGACGCUGGAGUCGGUGGGUCGUGACGCUGGUGGGAUGGUGGUGGGGCGAGCGUGUGCCUCCCAGGACACUACCUUACUGCACGUCCCCGUCGACCACCUCUCUGCCUCCCUCACUUUGGAGAUGAGAGGUCCGGGGCGCCCUGAUUGGCUCAUUACCUGGAACACUCACUGGCCCCAACACCUGCCGUCAACCACAUCCAUCUCUCCUAAACCCGAACACUCCAGGACCGUCAACACCCACCCAACCAAGCGGACGUACAAAGUCAGCUCGGGAGGUUGGUCGGUGAGGAUGUGUAGAGCGAAGAGUGACGGUGGGUGGGUGUUGGUAGUGGCUGUGUUGGUGGUGCUCAUGAAGGCUGGCGUUCCUCGCUCCUCUGGCGGACUGCUCACCUAACUCACUUUCCAUCUCUUGCUCAACUGCCGCGGUCACACAUCGGACAGACGCCUUGGGUUGCUGUUUCCGUCCCAUGUAAUAAUAAUAAUAAUAAUAACCAAGUUGAAUAGACUUGUAAUAGUGGUGCUGCUGGCGAGUGAUUCUUCCCGGCCUUGUGAUGAACAUUCUACAGGGUAAAACAUAAACACACUUAGGUUAUUGACGCUCCUCUGCCGGACAGAUUGGCGGCGGUUAUCCUGAAUAAACACUGUGGCUUCCAAGGUGAGAGUGUAUGAAGGGCGGUGUUGGCGGGUGUGGCAGCUCUCAGGGUGUAGCUAUAGAUGUUUUAUACGCUGGUGAUAACUACACUACUUGACCAGGUAAGAAGAUGCAUUUACCUGGGUCAGUAUCAGUUAUUUUUGU